UGUGUGUAGCAGAAUAAGCACACGUCACGACAUAAAUCGCUCUUAAAUAUCGUCAGAUGUGCUUGAGUGCAAAAAUAACGGGAUAUAGCAAAGCAAACUGACUUUACAUGCGCACGGUCAGCUUUAGUUUAGCUUUAGUGUGGUUUUAGUUUUUUGAACGGCGUGUUUUGGCGGAAAUUGCUUUGGGUUUUAUUUAAGGUAGCAUGGGAAGAUUAGCACGCGAGCUCACUUUAGCUAGACGGCUGCGCGCGCGUUGCCACAUUUAACGUUACUGCGGGAAUGAUGGCUAAUACCACAUCGCGGCAUACCAUAGUGGCAUGUGUUUAGCAUCGUAAUUCAGGCUCCUGUGCAGGGUGGAUUGACCUGUCAUGAAUGAGUCCAUUGAAGGCGGUGCGAUCUCGUUCGACGAGUAUGUGCGGCAGAAGGCACGCACUGUACCUCAGCACCGCAUGAAAGAGUUCCUGGAGUCGCUGGCCUCUAAAGGCCCGGAGGUGCUGCAGGAGUUCAGUCAGCAGACCAGCGGCACCACCACCACUAUGGUGUACCAGCAAGGUGCCAACUGCAUCUACACGGACAGCACAGAGGUGGCAGGAUCAUUGUUGGAGCUGGCAUGUCCGGUGCAGGUGACGUCUACACAGAUCUCCCCCCAGCUGGCUGCAGCUGUGCAUCAAGCAUCUGAACAGCAGAUCCAAGUACAGGUUCAGAUCCAGGGGGAGCAGGGUCAGACAGUUGGCCAGGUACUUCAGGUGGCCUCUCCCACCCAACAGCAGCUACAGGGAGUUACCACUACACAGCUGGUACAACAGGGAGAACUCACAGAGGAACAACAACAACAGAUCCAAGCCCAGCUGGUUGCAGCAGUUGCCGGAGGUCAGCAGAUUCAAAUCCAGACUGUGGAGGCUCUGUCCCCUCCUCAGCAGCAGGGCUCCCCCAGGGAAGUGGAGAGACGACCAGGAGCCUCACCCACUGUCCUCCAACCUGCAAAGAAACGAAAGGUGGAUGUCCCGACAGUUGUGUCCUACUCGCUUCCCCAAGGGCAGCAGCUGGCUACUGUAUUGGCCAUCCCACAGGGCCAACAGCAGGGCUACUUGUCACUUCGACCAGACCUGCUGACCGUUGAUAGCACACAUCUCUACAGCACCACUGGUACCAUCACAGGCCCAGCCGGUGAGACCUGGACCAUACCUGUUUACUCUGCCCCACAGCAGCAAGGUGUGGCCCACAUCGCCAUCCCUCAGGAGGCCUACAGCACCGUGCAGGUACAGGCCUCGCCUAACGAUAAAGACAAAGACAAGAUGAUAAUCGGUGCAUCUCAGGCUGUUCCGGUGUCUGGCUCAGGAGUGGCCACUCAGGAGGAAGUUGUACAUUCACUGUUCCCAGCUCAGUUUAUGAAUGGAAACAUUCACAUCCCUGUAGCAGUGCAGACUGUUGGGGGUGCUUACUCUGGGACAACGCAGGCCCUGCACAUAUGGGAUCCGCAGCAACAGCAUCAACACAUACAGGAUGGAGAGGCUCAGGAACAACAGCUCCACCUGCAGGCACAGACUGAGGGGGAACCACAGUUGGAUCCUCCUCCAGAGCUGGUCCUCCCCAACACACUGAAGCCUGAGGAAGGGUUGGAGGUGUGGAGGCUCUGGGUUCAGCGCAAAAAUGCUGAGCUGGACAAGAAUGAACAAAAUAAGCUGGCACCUAUUGGACGUCGACAGCCGCUGCGCUUCCAGGAUGAUCUUGUUUCAAGUUCAGUGGGCGAGCUGAACUUGGCUCUGUCUCUGAUGACCCAAGAGGCUCGUGGCCUGGAGGGGGAGCCAUUUGAACCCGAUUCACUAUACUAUGUAUUUUUAUGUGUACAAAAAUACAUGUUUGAGAACGGCAGAGUAGACGACAUCUUCUCUGAUCAGUACUACAGCCGGUUCUGUCAGUGUUUACACAAAAUUCUUGAAGAGUGGAGGCCCAGUGUUCACCAUCUUGGCUACAUCAUCCCAAGUCAUGUGACAGAGGAGAUGCUGUGGGAGUGUAAGCAGCUGGGAGCUCAUUCUCCAUCCACUCUUCUUACAACACUGAUGUACUUCAACACCAAGUACUUCCACUUGACCACAGUGGAGCAACAUAUGAAAGUGGCCUUUUCCAAAGUGCUCAGACACACCAAGAAGAACCCCACCAACCCUAAAGACAAGAGCACCAGCAUCCGCUACCUGAAAGGAGUUGGGCCACACCAUGUUGGACAGAAAGUGACAGAUGACAUGUACGCAGAGCAGGCUGAGGACCCAGAGAACCCGCUGCGUUGUCCUAUCAAGCUCUAUGACUUUUACCUCUUCAAAUGCCCUCAGACUGCCAAGGGUCGUAACGACACGUAUUACCUGACACCAGAGCCCGUUGUGGUACCGAACAGCCCUAUUUGGUACUCCACUCAGCCAAUCACAAGCGAGCAACUGGAGCACAUGCUAACACGCAUCAUGAUGGUGCGGGAAAUCCAGGAGAUUAUCUCAAUCACGCAGGCCAAUGUACACUGAGAGGAGACGAGGGCAAGCGAAAGAAAGCACGAUGGAAUAAGAGAGAGUGGCUUUCUCCAGUGCUUCGUCAUGCCAUCAUCCUCUCCUAUCUCAAAGAGACUGAAAUAAAUAGCCUCUGCAGAGUCUUGCUCUAUUUCAUCCAUGAUUAAAAGGAGAGUGAAGAGGUUCAAGAGGUGUUUUCAGUGAACUGGACGCAUAUAAAAGCCUUGUUUUGUUUUAGAAUCAGGAACUUUUUCUGUUUCUUUCUCUAAUGACCAUUGAGACGUAUUUGCCCGGAUCUCUUGAUGUGUGCAUUUUCUCUUUCUGCCAUGUAUGUUGUGCUCCAUCUUUCUUCACUUUGUCCCAGCUGUAUUUUCUUUAAGUAAGUGCUGAACUGAAAGGAUCCUAUGGUUUUUAAGACUGCAUACUGAGCUUAAGUGAUUAUUGGCAGAGGACUGAUCACCGUGCGAUGGUUAGGUGUAAACACAUUUGAAAACAUGGAUUCAUCCAUCUGUAACGCCUAACACACCCCCUCUCAUCCCCAGGAGCUUGCAUUAGCAGAGUUCACAUACCUGAGGGAGUGUAUUAUACAUGAAGACUUUUUGGUUCCAUUUUUAUUUUUAUAUAUAUAUAUAUAUAUAUACAUGCAUCUAUGAUAACCCGAUAUGUAUUGAUAUUAUAGUGAUGCUGGAGAAUUGAAGCCCGAUUUCAAACAUGCCUUUUGUACAGUGAA